CCUUGUUCUCUGUUGUCCUGCUUCCUCUGCAGAUCUUGGGAAAUGUGUCCGAGUUUCAGCGAGUUGUCAGUGUGCUGCAGGAAGGGGUGGAUUUUGAUAUUGAUGUCAAUGCGUCUGUCUUUGAAACUAACAUUCGAGUGGUGGGUGGUCUCCUGUCCGCUCACUUGCUAUCGAAGAAGGCUGGCGUUGAAGUAGAAGUGGGAUGGCCAUGCACUGGACCUCUCCUGAGGAUGGCGGAGGAAGCAGCUCGCAAACUCCUGCCAGCUUUCCAAACGCCAACUGGGAUGCCAUAUGGAACAGUGAACUUGCUGCACGGAAUAAACCUAGGGGAGACUCCAGUUACCUGUACUGCUGGGAUCGGUACAUUUAUAGUGGAAUUUGCCACUUUAAGCCACCUUACAGGUGACCCAGUGUUUGAGGAUGUUGCCAGGAAGGCUUUGAAGGCACUGUGGAAAAACCGCUCAGAUAUUGGGCUGGUUGGUAACCACAUUGAUGUGAUAACUGCCAAGUGGGUGGCCCAAGAUGCUGGCAUUGGGGCCGGAGUGGAUUCCUACUUUGAGUAUCUUGUUAAAGGAGCCAUUCUCCUGCAGGACAAGGAGCUGAUGUCCAUGUUUCUAGAAUAUAACAAAGCUAUCAAAAAUUACACAAAGUUUGAUGAUUGGUACCUCUGGGUUCAGAUGUACAAAGGAACAGUGUCCAUGCCUGUUUUUCAGUCCCUGGAGGCUUACUGGCCAGGCUUACAGAGCCUAAUUGGGGAUGUAGAUAAUGCUAUGCGAACCUUCCUCAACUAUUACACUGUCUGGAAGCAGUUUGGUGGGCUGCCUGAGUUCUACAACAUUCCCCAGGGCUAUACGGUAGACAAGAGAGAAGGAUAUCCACUCAGGCCUGAGCUGAUUGAGAGUGCAAUGUAUCUGUACCGUGCUACAAGAGAUCCCACGCUCUUAGAACUGGGAAGAGACGCAGUGGAGUCAAUAGAGAAAAUCAGCAAGGUGGACUGUGGAUUUGCAACUAUCAAAGACUUGAGAGAUCACAGACUGGAUAAUCGCAUGGAAUCCUUCUUUUUGGCUGAAACGGUAAAAUACUUGUACCUGCUAUUCGACCCAGAGAACUUCAUUCACAAUGAUGGAUCAGUCUUUGAUGUGGUGAUUACACCAUACGGGGAAUGUGUCUUGAAUGCUGGAGGAUACGUCUUCAACACUGAGGCUCAUCCUAUAGACCCUGCAGCGCUGCACUGCUGUAGGAAGCAUAAGGAAGAGCAGUGGGAGGUGGAAGACUUGAUGCGGGAAUUUUACUCAAUGAAGAAAAGCAAGAAAUUCACUUUAAAAAGAGCUUCAGACCACAAUAAAGGGGAAAAUGCAAAAGACCCUGAAGAUGUCUCUCCAGAGAAAGGUGGAGAGAAGAGAAACUCUAAGAAUUCACACUCCCUCCUGAGUUGCCCCAGUCAGUCCUUUAACUCUAAACUUGCAGUACUGGGACAGGUCUUCCUAGAUAACACCUGAUUCUAUUUUCAUUAUCGGUUUAAAUUAUUGA